GGUAUAAAUCACGUAAACUAGCUAGGUCGUAGAGAUGGCGAGCGCGGUGGCGGCGGCGUACCAGAACUCGUCGUCGUCGCCGGAGUGGCUGAACAAGGGCGACAACGCAUGGCAGAUGACGUCGGCGACGCUCGUCGGCCUGCAGUCGAUGCCGGGCCUCGUGAUCCUCUACGGGAGCAUCGUGAAGAAGAAGUGGGCCAUAAACUCCGCCUUCAUGGCCCUCUACGCAUUCGCCGCGGUUUGGCUCUGCUGGGUCACCUGGGCCUACAACAUGUCCUUCGGCGACAAGCUCCUCCCCUUCUGGGGGAAGGCGCGGCCGGCCCUGGACCAGAAGUUCCUGAUCGCGCAGUCGACGCUCCCGGCCUCCACCCACUACUACCGCGGCGGGCAGGCGGUGGAGACGCCGAUGGUCGCGCCCUUCUACCCGGCCGCCUCCAUGGUCUACUUCCAGUGCGUCUUCGCCGCGAUCACCGUCAUUCUCCUCGCGGGCUCGCUCCUCGGCCGGAUGAGCUUCUUGGCCUGGAUGGCGUUCGUGCCGCUGUGGAUCACCUUCUCUUACACGAUCGGCGCUUUCUCGAUCUGGGGCGGGGGGUUUCUGUUCCAAUGGGGGGUGAUCGACUACUCGGGCGGGUACGUUAUCCACGUCUCAUCCGGCAUUGCCGGAAUCACCGCCGCCUACUGGGUGGGGCCGAGGUCGCAGGCGGAUAGGGAGCGGUUCCCGCCGAACAACGUGCUGCUGCUGCUGGCGGGGGCGGGGCUGCUGUGGAUGGGGUGGACGGGGUUCAACGGCGGGGACCCGUACUCGGCCAACAUCGACUCGUCGAUGGCGGUGCUCAACACGCACGUCUGCGCGGCCACCAGCCUCCUCAUGUGGACCGUGCUCGACGUCAUCGUCUUCGGGAAGCCGUCGGUGAUCGGCGCCAUCCAGGGCAUGAUCACCGGCCUCGUCUGCAUCACCCCCGGCGCCGGAGUGGUCCAAGGCUGGGCAGCUAUAGUGAUGGGGGUCCUUUCUGGUAGCGUCCCCUGGUUCACCAUGAAUGUGAUCCACCGUCAUUGGUCUUUGCUCCAAGCGAUCGACGACACGCUCGGUGUGUUUCAUACCCACGCCGUUGCAGGCGUUUUGGGGGGUAUCAGCACCGGGCUUUUUGCUGAACAGACUCUUUGCAACCUCUUCCUCCCGGUCACCAACUCUCACGGCGCAGUCUAUGGCGGUGUGGGUGGGUCGCAACUCGGAAAACAAAUAGCCGGCGCCUUAUUCAUCAUCGGAUGGAACGUCGUUGUGACCUCUAUCAUUUGUCUGGUCAUUAAGCUUGUGGUCCCGCUAAGAAUACCGGAUGAUCAGCUGCUGAUUGGAGAUGACGCAGUGCACGGCGAAGAAGCCUACGCAUUGUGGGGCGACGGGGAGAAGUUAGAUACGACGAGAAGUGGUGAGGACAACACGGAGCACAGUGCAUUUGCGGUCGGAGUUACGCAGAAUGUUUGAAUCCACUAGGGGAGGGUUUUAGUUUGUGUUGUUGUAACAUUGUAGUAAACUAGGAGUGAGGGGAUCUGAAUUUAUUUCAUACAUAUAUAUUUCAUUUUGUGUGUGCAGAAUGGGAUUCUUUGUACUACAUUUCCUUUGGGUGCUUGUGGAUAUGUUCUGAAAAGAGGUCGAAUUCUUGUUCAAUCAUAUAAAUUGUAAAACUGUUCUUUGCUUUCUCACCGAAAAAACAUUUAUUUGGUGCUUUUUUCUUCCCUCUCCUUUUCCUAGAUGUUUCCUUCUCUCUUUAUUGUACAAAUGCAUCUUUUAUCGGUGUGAAAUAUAAAACCGAAGGUUAACUUGGUUGGCAAA